UAUAGGAGGAGUAAAGAUGGCGGAUAACGGCGGCGUAGACCCUGUGAAUAACAACAAUAAUAAAAAUACCGCUUCAGAUGGGACUAUAAUAAAAGUCACAGUUAAAACCCCAAAGGAUAAGGAGGAAAUCGCCAUCUCGGAGGAUGCCUCAGUCACACAGUUCAAGGAAGAGAUUUCCAGGAGGUUCAAGGCCAAGCAGGACCAACUUGUGCUGAUCUUUGCUGGCAAGAUACUGAAGGAUGGGGACACACUCAACCAGCAUGGCAUUAAGGAUGGCCUGACAGUUCACCUGGUCAUCAAGACAGCACACAAGGCAGCAGAUGGCGCUGGUUCGCAGGCUUCUGCCUCCUCCAGCUCAAGUGCACCCCAGGUGAGCAGCAGCAGCACCAACCCUGCCAGCCCGAGCCCAGCAGUCAGCUCCUCACCUGCUGGGUCCAACAGCAGUGGCUCCACGACAGCCCCCACACAGCCAGCCAACAUACUGACGGGCUUCGGGGACCUGUCCAGCCUGGCCGGCCUGGGCAUGGGCUCGGCGAACUUCAUGGAGCUCCAGCAGCAGAUGCAACGGCAGCUGAUGUCCAACCCGGAGAUGCUGUCCCAGAUCAUGGAGAACCCGCUGGUGCAGAACAUGAUGUCCAACCCGGACCUGAUGCGGCAGAUGAUCGUGGCCAACCCGCAGAUGCAGCAGCUGAUGGAGCGGAACCCUGAGAUAUCGCACAUGCUGAACAACCCCGAGCUCAUGAGACAGACGAUGGAGCUGGCGCGGAACCCAGCCAUGAUGCAGGAGAUGAUGCGGAACCAGGACCGAGCGCUUAGCAACCUGGAGAGCAUCCCGGGGGGCUACAACGCCCUGCGCAGAAUGUACACGGACAUCCAGGAGCCCAUGUUCAGCGCUGCUCGUGAGCAGUUUGGAAACAAUCCAUUUUCUGCCCUUGGUGGGAACUCGGAGGGUACUGGGGUGCAGCCCUCCAGGACGGAGAAUCGCGAACCCUUGCCCAACCCCUGGGGCACCCCAGGCACAGCAGCACCUUCCGAGGGCGGAGGCGGGACAGGCACCUCCACCACCUCUUCCCAAAGUGGGACCACCCCCAGCAUCUCCAACCCCCUUGGCAUCAGCGCCGCCAGCCUGGGCAAUGGCAUGUUCAGCAGCCCCGGCAUGCAGAGCCUGCUGCAGCAGAUCUCUGAGAACCCGCAGCUGAUGCAGAACAUGCUGUCUGCGCCGUACAUGCGCAGCAUGAUGCAGUCGUUGGCGCAGAACCCGGACAUUGCCUCACAGGUGAUGAUGAACAACCCCCUCUUUGCCGGAAACCCCCAGUUGCAGGAGCAGUUCAGACUGCAGCUGCCCAUCUUCCUGCAGCAGAUGCAGAACCCGGAGGCGCUGUCUGUGAUGACGAACCCGCGGGCCAUGCAGGCUCUCCUGCAGAUCCAGCAGGGGCUGCAGACGCUACAGACGGAGGCCCCGGGACUCAUGCCAAGCCUGGCUCCUGGAGGACUUCCAACAGCCCCUCUGUCCACGGGAGUGGGUGUGGCCCCAGAGAGCACCACGCCUGCUGGUGGUGGCUCCACCCCUGCCUCUGGGACCAACACUGCCCAGCAGCAGCUCAUGCAACAGAUGUUACAGAUGUUCGCUGGAGGAGGUGCAUCGACCCAGACCCCAGAGGUGCGAUUUCAGCAGCAGCUGGAACAGCUGAGCGCCAUGGGCUUCAUCAACCGCGAGGCCAACCUGCAGGCCCUCAUCGCCACAGGGGGCGACAUCAACGCCGCCAUCGAGAGACUGCUCGGCUCCCAGCCCUCCUAAACGGAGAGCUACCAGGGUGGGGUGGGGUGGCUGGGGGGAGGAACCAUAGACAAAAAGUAUCAAAGAACUCAAAUUAAAACACAGUCCAACACAGAACAGCUCCACCGUGGUGCACGGCUUGUGGGCAAGUCCCUAACCCCACCCCUCCGCCCCUGCCCCCUUACUCACUCAUCCUAGUCCUGUCUGACCAUUGGUCAGGCCUCUGCCCUGUCCACCACAUGAGAUCUGGCCUUGACCUCCCAUUAGAGGCUGAAUUCCAUCUCUCUCAUUGACUUCUCCUGGGGUGGGGCGGGGAAAUGGGGUGACACCUGUGCCCCUGUUCAUUUUUGGGGGAGAGGGCAGUCGUGCCGCCGUAGAAUGACUCCACUGCCAACACCAUCCCCGCAAAACAAGCAGACGCCUCCCACAAAUUGAGAGAAAAAGUUCAGGGUUUGCUGCUUCUAGCUCAAGAUGACCUGUCAAUUACCGGUUUUUAAUUCCGACAUUCUGUCAGGCGGUGGCCCAGGACCCAACACCUUCUGAUCAUCUGUGAUGAAGUGUAGAACAUGUAGGGAUGUAGGGGGAAAAAAAUCAGUCGGGGUUCUUAGAACACUGAGAGAAAGGGCUUUCAUUUCCUUGGAGAGUCUUGCCCCUGUUCCCUUUUUUUCUAGUCUGAGUUCAUGCCUGCUUGACUUCACUAUUUAUUGCAAGUGCUCUAGAAGUUUCCCUCUGCACCCCCCAUCCCCUCCCUUGCCAUAGCCGCCUCCUGUUUUUAGACCCCCCACCACCCCCAUUCUGAAGUGUCAUUCCAAAUCCAAUGAUGAUGUGGCCAUUGGAAAUCCCCCCCUAGGCACUGUAGCGCCCCCUGGCUGUGGUGACUCCCCCCACCCUUUGGGAACAUGAUUGGUUUUCAGGGGCAGAAGUGAAAACAAGGCACUCUGUGGAAAUUCAGAUCGCUUUAAUCAAGAGGCGAGUCAGCAGUCCCAUGAUGAAGGUUAUUGGGAGGGUGGGGGAUAUGUGACAGACAUCAAUAAACUGGUUUUAAAGCUGGAGACAGGUGGUUGAAGACAGAUUUCUUUCUUUUAUUUUAAUCUGAUCACAUGUAUUUUCAUUUGAGGUGCUAUAGUGCCUAGAAAUGACCUGUUGUGUAUCUCAUUUUAAUCUCCUUUAAAAAGAAAAAGAAACAAAAGCUUUACAUUUUGUAUGGUGGCACCAUACCGUAAAUUCUAGGUUGCUCUUCAGAUCUCAGCCUUGUAGUUGUGGUAACCUUGGUAACGGCUCUAAAGCUUUGCUUCUUUUGUUCACCUCAGAGCUCCAAUCCAUCACCUGAUUGAACAUGUUGAAACUAACGUUUAACAGUACUGUACUAAAAAUAAACAAGGUUGGUCAAUAUGCUCGCUAUCUUCAGAGUGUUGCUC